AAAGUGAUACAAAUAUGAAACCAUCGUUUUAGGCGAUGAUCCUUUCUGUGAAAAUGGCGCCUUAGAAGAGUACACCAUCGAAUAUGAUAUUCUUGCGGUACUGCGAGCUUCAAGAGGAAAUUUAGAAAAUGGUUUGCAACCUAAUGGUCCCGGUGGAGAUAAUUUGCCAGCGGCAUUGGACAUGCAAGCUCUGCAAUGGAGCUGCGAUCUGGAGGCGGAAGCUAUAGCAGGUUUAGGUGGAACGUGCCCAGAAACAGUUGAUGACCUUGUUUCUCGUCCAACAGAUAAAGCAGAAAUAUUCUAUCAGUAUGUUUGUUUACCGAACUACUUCUAG